AUAUUCAAGUGACAAAUCAAAGCUACAAAUGUCAAAAAGCGUAAACAAACAAUUUAUUUAAACUUUACAGUUGUUAAGGGAAAUAAAAAUGGUUACAAAUAUUACAAUCGUAGAUUUUCCAACAAUAUGUCGGUUGUGUUUAAAAACUGGAGAAUCGAGAAGUAUAUUUUAUACCCCUAAAUAUGUAACUUUAAUUCAGAAUAUAACAAAUUUGAAGGUAAAAGAUGAUGACAUUUUUCCAAAAAUGAUCUGCCAAAGUUGUUUGAACAAACUGGAAGAAAUAUGGACAUUCAUAGAAAUGUGCAACAAUAACAAUGAAAUUUUAUACAAUAUAAAAGAUGGUAGGAUACAUAAAAGUGAACUCGUAGAUAGCCUAAUAAAAGUUAGUGAUUCAUUUAUUGAUGUAGGAAAUGGAAGUGAUAUUUCGUUAAAAUCAGAAGAUUUUUUCUAUGCUGACCAAAUAUAUUCAGAUUCUGAAAAUGAAGAACUCAAACCAAAGAAGAAAGUUACGUGUAAAUUAUGCCAAAAUAAAUUCAAAAGUUGGUAUAAGCUGCAGGUACAUCAGAAAAAUAAUUGUCCUAUGGCCGACAGUAGAAAAAUGGAUUAUAUAUGCUUGAUAUGUGAUUGGGAAGGGAAUACCAAACAGGCACUAAAAAUUCAUGAAAGGAAGGAACACACUGAAACAGUCGAAAUUUCUAAAGGUGUUGUUAAGAAAAAGUGGAAAUGUGCCAUAUGUGCCAAGUUAUUCACUAAAAAAAUUGAUUUACAAAGACACAGAAGAGUUCACACAGGCUUAAGACCAUUUAUUUGUACUAUUUGCAAUAAAGGUUUCACACAAAAAAGUACAUUGGAGAGACACAUGAGCUCACUACAUUCAAAUCAAGAGGAGAGACAGAAUUUCGAGUGUUACAUUUGUGAAAGAAAAUUUGUAAGAAAAGAUCACUUGGAAGCUCACAUGCAUAAUGUACAUAUUAAAAAACAGAAUGAUUCUCCAUUGGAUAUAGAAUUAUAUUCUGAAUCAAAAACUUGCCAAAUAUGUUUUAAAACUUUUAGCAUUUUUUCUUAUCUACACAGUCAUUUGGUGAUUGUACAUCAAGAAGCAAAACCGCCUAAACCUAAACCAAAAUUGAGAAAAAUAAGGUUUGAACAUUCUUCGAAUCUAUGCAGCAUAUGUGGUAAAUCGUUUGAAAAAAGGAAAACCUAUCAGAUGCAUAUGAACAGGAAACAUUCAGAGAAAAAAAAUGACUCUAAACUCAAAAAUAAAGUUGUCGAGAGAAAGGAUAAGUUUCAGUGUUGGCAUUGUGGAAAAAUAUUCACAACACAAUCAAAUUUAAAGGUUCAUAUUCGAAUUCACACUGGUGAGAAACCGUAUCAGUGCAAAUAUUGCAGCCAAAGGUUUGCCGCAUAUUCUAGUUGGCAUGAGCAUGAAAAUAUCCAUACAGGAAAUAAACCUUUCCAAUGUGUCCAUUGCAAGAAGGCUUUUAAACAGAGAGGAUCUCUGAGAAAACAUUUGCGAUCCUCUGUACAUAGAAAACCAAUGGAAGAUAUUUUGAGCCAGCAGGAAGUCCAUAUCUUAGUGCCAUAGAUACAUUUUGUGAUAUAAUGUUUAGUCAUAAAUUAGUGAUUUUUUAAUUACAUUGUAGAUCUCAAACUAAUGUAUAUCAUUUAAUUGUAGCUAUUCAUCUUGUAAUUUCUACAUACACAUAUAUGUUUAUCAUAAUUUGUAUUAUUUACAAUGUAUUGUGAUAUAUAUGUUUGAGUGUUUUUUCAAAUUCAUUUUAUUUUUAUAACAAAAGUAUUUAUUCAGUAUGCAUGUAGUGGGUGCUUUUAAUUUAUUAAAUUAUUAUAGAAGUG